AAAUGGUUGCGGGGAAAACAGCCCCACUUCCCCUUCCUUCCUUAGCUGCUGCUCGCAUAAGGUGAAGUAUCAUAAUACUGGUACCUCUUCUUCUCUCUCCUCCUCCUUCUUCAUCUCCCCCCCCCCCUUUCUCCAUCGCCUUCCCCCUACCGAUAUUUGCGACUCGGCUAGUUUGCUAGGGAAAGGAAGAACAAGGAAAGGGUGAAGACAAAGAGACAGACAAAAUAAAUAAAGCAAGAUGUCGUCGACUGUACCCGAAGCCCCUGCUGCACCCAUUGGGCCAAAGUAUAAGGAGGAGGAGGAGAAGCCGCAUGCUACUGUCUCGAAGCCUAUCAAACAUAGCAAUGUCCAUAUCCUCCCGCAGACCCCGCAAUUGAUCGCUCUCUUAACGAUGAUCCGCGACAAGUCCACCGUACGUGGGGACUUCAUUUUCUACUCCAAUAGAAUAAUCCGCCUGCUAGUGGAAGAAGGCUUGAAUCACCUCCCCGUGAUCUCCUCCUCCGUCACCACGCCGAUCGGUCACACCUACUCCGGCGUGAAAUUCGAAGGCAAGAUCUGUGGCGUGUCGAUCAUGCGGGCUGGCGAGGCCAUGGAGCAGGGGCUCCGCGAUUGCUGCCGCUCUGUGCGUAUCGGGAAGAUACUCAUCCAGCGUGACGAGGAGACCAGUAAGCCGCGCCUCUUCUACGACAAGCUGCCCGAGGACAUCGCCCAGAGGUACUGUCUUCUGCUCGAUCCCAUGUUUGCUACUGGCGGGUCGGCGACUAUGGCUGUCGAGGUGCUCAUCUCUAGGGGUGUGCCUGAGGAGAGGAUUUUGUUCCUCAACUUGAUUGCUAGUCCUGAAGGUAUCAGGAGCUUUGCCGAGAGGUUCCCUUUACUAAGGAUCGUGACAGCGUUUGUGGAUCAGGGGCUUGAUGAGAAGAAUUAUAUCAUUCCGGGAUUGGGAGAUUUCGGUGAUAGAUUCUAUUGCAUUUAGACGUUUCGCUCUGUCCUUAUCGUCUCUGGCGUUGAAAAUGUAAUGUUGGGUUGGCCUUUGUUUAGGCCCAUGCAUAGGCCCACCGUCUGGUUGGUCAAUUGAAGGAGGGAAGUUUGUGCAAAACCGAUUGUAAGUAAUCGGAACUUGUUCGUAGUAUGAAAAACCAGUCCUCCACAUCA